AUGCCUCCUUCCAAAGCCAACGCCAGCUUUCCAACCACACGAAGCCUCCUGGGAGGCAGAGUCCCCACCCCAGUGAAGCCUGCAGAUGAUGCAGCCCUGGCCAACAUCCUGACUGCAACCUCACGGGAACCACCCACGCGAGUCGCUCUCGCAGAAACUCUUAUGAGUUUAUCUGAAAUAUUUAAUGAGAUUGUGGUGAGAACUGGUGUCCUGGAAGUGUUUCUUCCUGCCUACAACCUUAGAAUCCCUGGCUAUGUCUGCUUCCAGAGCCUAGGGAAGCCUCCUCCUUACAUUGAGGAGAUUUAUAACAGGAAAAUCAGCGGGAAGAACAGAGGCUCCAGAUCACCGUGCGCACGAAGGCUGCCGCAGCGCCGGCCCCACGCGCGGGGCCGGGACGUGGAGGGCUCGCGCGCUCGCGCGCCUCCCUGGCACCCAGAUGCCAACCGUCACCUGAGCCCUGGGGCUUCGCCUGCGGCCGCGUCCAGCGACAUCGAGAACUUCUGGAAGCCUGAUUCCCACCGGAAGGACCCCUCCCCGCCGCCCGCUCCCACGGGCAGCUACCUGAGCACGCCCAAGCCCGCGCCGCCACCUCUCGCCCAGCGGCGCCCGAACCCGCGGCCCCGGCCCGCCCCGGACCAGGACGGCGGGCGGCGCGGCCACAGCGGGCGCUGCGUCCGCACCGGACCCCUGCCCCAGAUGCCGCCCGACUGGGAGCCCGCCGAGCCCCGGAGGGUGGUCCCCGAGGCCUGGAGUCGCUUGCCGGCCAAGCCGCCCGCAAAGACCAUCCUGGGGCCGGAUCUUUCCGGGGCCUGGGAGAGCUACCUGAAGCGGUGGCUUUGGCGUGCCCCGAGACGGAUCUGGAGCCCGGUGACCAUCAAGAUCGCGCCUCCUGAGCGCAGUGGGAGCCCCUGGGCAUCCUCGGGUCCGGGGGCCCGCUCUGUGCGGCGUCCACCCUCUGAGGAGCGCCCAGACCCCUGUGCCAAGGAGACCGUGCUGAGGGCCCUCAGCCAGUGCAAGAAGGGGAAUAGGAAGUUUGACGGACCGCUCUGGUUUGAGAUCCCAGAGAGCAGGAGCAGGCGGCGGAAUGCAGAUCUCAGGCCCUCGGCCUUCAAGCCCCUGAUCAAAAAUGGCGUGGUCCCUUCCUUUGUGCCCAGGCCAGGGCCUCUGGACAGAAGCCUCCGCUCCUGGAGCCACAGUGCCUGCAAGGAGCAGACUGAUCCAGGGCCUGAUGUCCAGCGGUCACUGUCUGCCGCCCACCCGCCCGCAGGGACAGCACCAGCGCAGGCCACGGCUGCUCCGCUGGAGAGCUGGGAGAAGACGCAGCACUCCUGGGGCCCGGGCCCACCUCCAGUGCACAACAGCACGGCCAGUAGGGUCUCAUUCGCCCCUGAGGAGGCCCAGCCUGCUGACCCGUUUGACUCUUAA